AUGGCUGAACCUCCUGCUGUUCCCCCAGAACUGGAAUGUCUGCUUCAGGUCAGCGAACUCCGUGUCAAGCCAACAAUAGAGAGUCUCAGAGGAUUUCAGCGCUGCUGUACCUACGACCUGCUCGGACCUGCAGGCAAUCUAAUGUUCCAAGGCAUUGAGCAGCGUGAACUUGGUGGUCCCCGGCUGGAAUUAAAGGUUAAGAACACACAGGAGAAUAAUGUGCUGAAUCUCCAUGUACUCUCCAGGAUCAAAAGCUGGGACACUAAGUUGCAGGUCUCCAGUUCCUCUGGGCAGCUCCUCGGAUGCAUAGAAAAAGAGUGGAAAAGUUUCUCUUCACGUUUUGACAUCUUGGACCCAUCGGGGGAUAUUUGCCUGAAGGUGAAAGGACCAGGAUGGGGGAAUCCAUGUCUGAUGCCUAUUAUCAGGUGCUCUCCGCUGACAAAAAAACGAACCUUGGCAGCAUCAUGCGUGAACAUCGAAGCUUCCAAAAGGACAGCUACACCGUCAGUUUCCCGAAGGACCUCCAUGUCACCACGAAGGCCUUGUUGAUGUCCUGCACCCUGUUCAUUGAUCUUCUGAGGGAGGAGAAGAGGCGGGAGAGCUGA